GCUUCGUGACCCGGAAGUUCUGAAGUGUCUCCGGCUCAGAGGUUGCACACUUCCGGUGGACACAGCAGCUGCAGAAAAUAAACAGAGAGAGAAACGGCGGGAAAGAGCAUUACAACUCGUAUAUCAGCGUGGACACAAACUGAAAAUGUUGAGGAGGAAACCGACUCGUCUAGAGCUUAAGAUCGACGACACUGAGGAGUUCGAGAGCGUCAAGAAGGAGCUCGAGGCCAGAAAACGUCAGCGAGAGGAGGCAGAGUCGGGAGGUGGAGUGGGUGGGGGCUCUGUAAUUGGUGUUGAUGUCAUUGGGGGUGGAGCCUCUGCCUCCGCAUCGUCCUCUACAGCCACAUCAAGGGCAGAGCUUAUCAAUGAGCGAAUCGGCUACAAGCCCCACCCCAAACCGGCGACCCUGCCAACCUUAUUUGGAAGUUUACAGUUUUAAUGAUGAAUAAAGUUUGAGCAAAAAAAUC